CGGGUCGGCGGAGGCAGAAAAACGUCGGACACCGGGCCGAUCAUGGACGCUUGACAACCUGCGGGCAGGCGCCGGGAGGCCGAGCCAGCGACCGAGAGAACAGAGAGGCGCCGAGGACAGAUCUCAAGGUUGGAGAAUGGCAGGUGAACAGAAACCUUCAAGUAACCUCCUGGAACAGUUUAUUUUGCUAGCCAAAGGUACUAGUGGCUCAGCUCUCACUACUCUUAUAAGCCAAGUCUUGGAGGCUCCUGGAGUGUAUGUCUUUGGAGAACUGCUGGAGUUGGCCAAUGUGCAGGAGUGUAUCCCCUACUCCGUGCUGCUGAAGGACUUGGAAAUGCGGAAUCUCCGGGAAUUAGAAGACCUCAUCAUUGAGGCUGUCUACACUGACAUCAUCCAGGGCAAGCUGGACCAGCGCAACCAGCUUCUGGAAGUGGAUUUCUGCAUUGGCCGUGACAUCCGAAAGAAGGAUAUCAGUAAUAUUGUCAAGACCUUGCAUGAAUGGUGUGAUGGCUGCGAAGCAGUUCUGCUAGGCAUCGAGCAGCAAGUUCUGCGAGCCAACCAGUACAAGGAGAACCACAGCCGAACUCAGCAGCAGGUAGAGGCAGAGGUUACCAACAUCAAGAAGACACUCAAAGCCACCGCAUCCUCCUCAGCUCAGGAAAUGGAGCAACAGUUAGCUGAACGCGAGUGUCCCCCUCAUGCUGAGCAGAGGCAGCCCACCAAGAAGAUGUCCAAAGUGAAAGGUCUGGUCUCCAGCCGCCACUAGGGCUGGCUGGGGCAGCUGGCACUCACCAGGCCUGCCUGGGUCAGGUGGGGAGGCGACACCAAGGGCCUGUUUCCUCCCCUCUCUACCUUCAGUGAGUUCCAGACCUGCCCACCCCCUCACCAGCGCCUCCACCCUGCUGGUACUGUUCCAGAAGAACCGUUAACUCCUUGGCCUCACCCACUCCCUCCUUCCCCAGUUGUUCCUUCAGACUCAGGGGCUCCACUGAUGCCAUCCCAGCAGGGUCAGACACUGCCCAGCUUCCCGCGAGGAGGUUCUUGUCUCUGUUUAAGGGCUUGUCUCCCUCCCAGGUUUUCUUUUGCUCCCUGUCAUUUUGUGAGGCUGGUCAUAAGCUGGAGGCAGCUUUACCUGGCCUGCAGGGAUGACUGCGAAGGAAGCUCCUCUCUGAGUGAGGGUGGGGAGCAUGCCUUCUCCAGCCCUAGGUUCUGCAGUACCCACAAUGGUACGGGCACUCUCUAGCCAGGUAUCAGAAUGCUUCAUUUUCCCUCCCCUGCCUUACCUCUGUUGGCAGCGUCUGAUCAGAGCAUGGAGGGAUGUGAUGCUGGGCUAUGUUUACUAAACCUGCGGGUUUUCAGCCUCUUAGGCCCAGCUCCCAUCUCUCAUUAGUUGAGAGUGCUGGGUUGACUAACCUCCGGUACCUGAGCACCAGUCCGGGGCGCUGUGGGUCUGCUGGGUGGCAGAAGUUUCUUCCGGCUUGGUGUUCUUGUUGGCCGCGCUUCGAGCUGCCUCUGACCGCUCAGACUGGUUUUCGGUGUGAAGGUCCCAGCUGCCCACUGGGGCUGUCUGCCAACAUCUGCUCUCCUAAGAUCUUUAAUUCCUCCCGGCUGCCUCCACAGUGGGGAUGGUGGUGCUGAAGCCGCUCUGUCUGGAAAGGACCUGUUGCUGCUUCUAUGUCUCUCUUUCCACCCCUCCUUGGCUGGUGACCCAGAGCCGCCCGAUGAUGGCGUUCUCCUGGCAAGAGAAAAGGACCUGACUAGCCUUCCCGAAUUUGAACAGUUUCAGGUUAUAUUUUAAUUUUUUUUUUUGUACAGGUUCUGAUUCUAAUACAUUUCAACGUGCUUUUUCCCCCCUCGUGUUGAUAUUUGUUACAGAAAAAUCACUGGGGAGUUUUCACCUGGUUGAAGGGUGGCAUGUGUGUAUGUGUGCGUGUGGUGGGGUGUUUUCUUAAAGGGGAGGUGGAGGUCCUCGGCUGACACUAGAAAGUUCAUUGAGAGACAAAGCACAUUUUACAACAAAAAAUAAAAGCAUAGAGUUAAUGUAUGAGACUGGAGUGCGGGCUUGCAUAGCUGCUGGAUCUUUAGGGGUUGGUAUUUGGGUGAUUCAGAGAAAAUGUGAAGCUGUUUCAGUACUAUGGUUACAAAAUAGAUUUCUUCUUUUUCCAAAAUGUCCAGCAGCUGCCUGCCAUUGAUUAAAUGUCAACAAAGUAUUCUCAUUGCCCUUUUCCACUGGUCCAUGUGCCCGCAUAACACUAUGCCCAACUGUAGAGUUUAAGUCCCAAAGUAUGUUUCAUGAGACUUGACAGAUGCUCUGUGGAAAAGGGGUUCUGUUGUUAAAUAAAUUUGGCGCACCCUG